AUGGGGCUGGCGGGGUUUGCGGUGGAUGACUUCCUGCUGUGGCAGAUGCAGGACCAUGGGAGCAGCGAGCUGCACAUGGGCCUCUCUUUAGCCGUAGCGUUGCUCUCCCGGGCCGCCUUCCCUCUGCUGAGUGGCCGGGUGUCGAAGCUCCUGAGCCCAGGCAGGGUGCUGCUGGUGGGGACGGCCUGCCUGGCCCUGCAGUGCCUCUACUACUCCUUCCUGUGGGGCCCAUGGGCUGCAAUACCUGUCCAGGUGCUGAGCUGCUUCAGCAGUGGCGCCCUCUGGUGGGCAGUGCAGGUGCAGUGUGAGGACGUGGCCACGCCGGGCACAGAGAGGAGCGUGAGGAGGGUCUACCAGGCCCUCUCUCUGGACCUGGGGGCAGGGCUGGGCAGCAUGGCCGGGGGGUUUGUUGUCCACAGGUUUGGGGUAUCUGUGCUAUUCAGAGGCAUAGCGGUGAUGCUGCUCCUGUGGUGCCUGGUUCUGCCCCUGCUCCAGUGGAAAGCCCCACACCAACGCAGGAUCAACUACUCCCGCCUCGUCGCUGCUGACACCAGUGAAGUGAGUGAAUCAGAGUCGGAGCAGGAGACAGACUGCCUGGAGAAAGUCCUGGAGGAUGACGAGCAAUAAUAACAUGGGCAGGAGUAUAAAUCAUUAGACCUAAGGAACAAUAUGCAACAUAAUGGAAGGAUGACAUUAUCAAUUCUGCUCCUGGACGAUUCCACCACCACUUACAGACAUGUCACUCUUCAUUUAGUCUGCCUUCUUGCUGCUCCACAAACUGCUAAGUGAAUCUGUCCCUGGCUGGUUUAAUUGAAAACCCAGUAUUGCUUUUUAAUUCUCUUUACGGCAGCUUUAUUCAUUUAGUGCUAAUGCUCUAGCAUUCCCCACCUGCCCAGAAGGCAUUUAGCAUUCUUCAGUUAAACUAAACACGUGGACUGCAAGCCUCACUAUUGCACUGGAGGUUGAUCCACUGUGAAUGCAGAGUGAUGAUAAACUGUCAUUUGCAUAAGCUAUCAAGAAACUCUGGAUAGCAAAUAACGGAGAAGAAUUAGGUGUGGGCAGGUGACUGUGCGAGUGCUUAUGAGUGUUACUACAGUCCACGUUAGGCAGCUUUACUGUCUGUAACAUAAGGCCUCUUGAGAGCAGGUGUGGUCUUUGGGCGAGACAAAACCCUGGACUAACAGACUCAUCCUGUAUGUGUGGUUUAGCCUGCUCUCACAUGACAAAGAUACUUACUCUCUUGAGUCCACUGUGAAAAUUUUGUUUUGUUCAACUGUAGUAGAACUCACCCCUUGGGUCAGUUUCCUAACUAAACAUGAAGUGCCUCUUGUGUGGGGGAAGUAUUUGAAGCUAUCUGUGGUUGGUUGCUGAACUUGUAGGUUAGAUGGUGUUUGCUAAACCUGUAUUUCAAAGGAUGUUUGCCAAACUUGCCACAGGUGACAUGGCCCAUUUUGACCUGACUGUUAUUUCAGAAUAUCAGCCAGAGACACUAAUAUAGUUUAGCACCUCUCCCUGAAACCUUUGUCUAAUUUACAAUGCUUGGAGUGGAUAUAACAAUACAUUACAUACAGUGGUUGAUAUACAUGUCCAAUGACUAGUAGUAUAUCAAUAAAAAUAUGAGUAUUAUUGUGCCUUGAAGACAUUCUCAAAUAUUGA